AUGGCUUCAUCGGAUGACGUUUUCAAAGAACUCUUUGCUAGUAUAUACGAGCCCUUCUCUGGACUAAAUGAGAUGGAUUAUGAGCUCCAUGGUAUUUAUAUGGAUCAUGAACCAGAGCAUGAGUUCGUGACUACGCUUGAUAAAUGUAGGGACAUCUUUCUUAAUGUUCUACUUAGUGAUGAAAACUUAAGGAAUUCAAGCAUGGUUGAUGAAAUCAGAGCACAAGUUUAUCAUGAUAAUGAAUGGCAAAGUGAUGAAGAAGGUGAACAAGAGGCGGUGAAGAAUAAGUACAUAAUUCAUGAUCUAAACACACCAUGGGAUAAGAUGGAACCUAAGGUAGGUGAUAUGUUUGAGUCUCCUGCACAACUUAUGUAUUGUAUUCAAAAUUAUGGGGUAUCAAAUGGAUAUCAGAUAUACUUUGAAAAAUAUGAUAAAACUAAAAUAGUUGCAAGAUGUGGGAAGAGGACAGAGAUGAAUGAUUGUCCUUUCAGAUUGUAUGCUGGAUGGAUGUACAAUGAAAAAUCAUUUCAAGUUAAAAAUUUGGUUGGAGAGCAUCGUUGCAGUAAGAAGUUCAAAUAUGGAAGUCUUGUUUCCCCUGAAUGGAUAGGUAGGCAUUACAUUAUUGAAAUUGCAAACACGUCUAAGAUGAAACUUAGGGACAUGAUUGCUAAUAUCAAACAAAGGUUGAGAUGUGUAGUAUCCAUUGGGCAAGUCUGUAGGGCAAAAAAAUGGGCCACUGAGUUGAUUGAAGGAAAACUAACUGAACAUUAUGCUAGGGUAUGGGAUUAUGCUGAUGAAUUAUUAAGGUCCAACCCAGGUUCUACAUGCAAAGUUAGUAUCACUAUCAAUCCAGAUGGGAAGAACUACUUCCAAAAAUUUUACAUAGGUUUCAAAGCUCUAAGUGAUGGAUGGAAAUUAAGAGCUUCUCAAUCCAGUCAGCCUCCAAAGAAGAAAAACAAGUCAAAGAAAGAAGCAUCAAGUUCCAAGAUUGGGGAAGGUGAUGGUAUUCAGAAUGAGGAUCAUGGUGAUAGUAUUGAGACUGGGGAUCAUGGUGAUGGUAUUCAGAUUGGGGAAGGCGAUGGUAUUGAGGCUGGGGAUCUUGGUGAUGAUAUUCAGACUGGGGGUGUUAAUGAUGUUAUUGUUGAAGAUGGUCAUAUUGCUGUAGAAGUUGAAGUGGUUGAUGUUGGAAAAGAAGAUGUUUUGCUUCCAAGGGUUGAUGGUGGCGGUGAACAAGAAGAAGGAGGUGAUGAUGGUCACUUGGGUGAUGAUGAAGAAGUUGAAGAAGACGGUGCUUGA